UACCUAUGAAACAUGUUGACACGGCCCUCAAUGAAACUUGUAGGAUAAUAAUCGGAUGCCUUAAGCCAACACCACUUAAAUAUAUAUAUCCAUUAGCAGGGAUAGCUCCACCCAAAAUACGAAGAUAUGUGGCCACAUNGAAGAAACAGUAACAUUAGGAGAAACCCUGAUUAACCACCUAUGUAAAAAUAGAAAUGACAGGUGGCAUGAACUCAUUGAGAAUACAGACAUGACCAAAAACAGCAAAAAAGCAUGGCGACUCAUCAAGAGGCUAAGUGGGGACCCGGUUACACACACUAACGAUAUAAACGUAACAGCUAAUCAAGUAGCCACACAGCUACUCUUAAACGGUAAACCAGGGACAAAAAUCAAAAGAGAAAAACUCAUUAGAACCUUAGACACUGAGCAAAAUAAUUUCCAGCUUGACUUUACUCUUGAUGAACUAAACGAGAGCCUGAAGGAGAUGAAAAACGGAAAGGCACCUGGGUUGGACGAAAUAAUGACAGAACAAAUAAAAGAAUUCAGCAUAAAAGCUAAACAAUGGUUAUUAACUUUUCUAAACUUAUGCCGCGAUAAGGCCUUAGUACCCAAAAUGUGGAGAAAGGCAAAAGUAGUGGCACUGCCAAAACCAGGCAAAGAUUACCAAAACCCAAAAAACUACAGACCGAUAUCUUUGCUAUGUCAUACCUUUAAAUUGUAUGAACGCAUGAUUAUGAAUCGUAUCAAGUGCCAAGUCGAAAGAAAACUUAUUCCUGAGCAAGCUGGUUUUAGGCCAGGCAAAAACUGUACAGGACAGGUAUUAAACCUGUGCCAACAUAAAGAGGACGGCUAUGAGAAUAAAAAAGUAACAGGGGUGGUUUUUGUAGACCUAUCCGCAGCGUACGAUACGGUGAACCAUAAUCUUUUACUUAAAAAGAUAUACGAAUGUACAGAUGACUGGCACUUUGUCCGAAUAAUAUCCUCUAUGCUACACAAUCGACGUUUUACAGUUACACUAAAUAAUAAAUGGAGCAGAUGGAGAAACCAGCGAAAUGGGUUACCCCAAGGUAGCGUGCUAGCGCCCAUGCUGUUCAACAUAUACACCAACGAUCAGCCCAUCAUUAAAGAAAAAAAAAAUUUCUUAUAUGCAGACGACUUAGCCCUAGCAGCGCAGGACACAACUUUCGAAAUAGUCGAACGUAAACUUACCAGAUCACUUCAAGAACUAACAAAUUAUUACAUAAAAAACCAAUUAAGACCUAAUCCACAUAAGACACAGAUAUGCAGCUUCCACCUCCGAAACCGCGAGGCAAAAAGAAAACUAAAAAUUGAAUGGCUUGGAAAACCAUUGGGAAAUACAGAACACCCAGUUUAUCUAGGGGUCACACUGGACAGAACUCUUACAUUCAAAGAACAGUGUAAGAAAACAAAAAUGAAAGUUGAAGCAAGAAACAAUCUAAUACGGAAACUAACAGGUAGCAAGUGGGGCGCAACUCCAAACACGAUCCGUACUACUGGACUAGCACUUUGUUUCUCGGCAGGCGAGUAUGCUAGCCCAGUAUGGAACCAAUCUAAACAUUCAAAACAUGUUGACACGGCCCUCAAUGAAACUUGUAGGAUAAUAACCGGAUGCCUUAAGCCAACACCACUUAAAUAUAUAUUUCCAUUAGCAGGGAUAGCUCCACCCAAAAUACGAAGAUAUGUGGCCACAUGCAUGGAGAGAACCAAACAAACAAUGGAUCAACGACACCCCAUGCAUGGCUACUCAGCACCCCAAAGGAGACUUAAAUCCCGAAGAAGCUUUAUUGCCAAUUCAACCACGAUCCAAGGCCCACCGGAACAACAGAGAAUACUAAAAUGGAGAGAAGAGCUACAAUGCGAAAAACCCGUCCCGUUUGCUGAGCAACUACCAUGUGGAGGAAACCAACCAUGGACUAUAUGGAAGACAUUAAAUAGGUUGAGAACUGGAGUAGCAAAAACAAAAGUAAACAUGAUGAAAUGGGGAUACCAGAAAGAACUGGACAUACUAUGCGAAUGUGGCGAAGACCAAUCAGAUGAACACUUACUACAAUGCACACUAGCUCCACCAGGAUGCACGACCGACGACUUGGCUUUAGCCAACGAAAAAGCAAUAUCAAUUACAACUCACUGGCUAAAACAAAAUAUUUAAACAUUUAAUUUUAUAUUUUAUACUCAUAUUUUAACCUAUCUAUUUUUAGACAACUUUAUGUAUUUAUGUAUUUUAUGUAUUUUAUGUAAUAGUAUAUAGAUAUAGCCCUAGCACCGGACACGAUAAGAAGAAGAAUUGUACCUAUUUUCCCGUUUUACCCACGGUUUUCCCCAUUUAUUAUGAAAACAGCAGGGGAAACCAAAAAAUGAUCACCCUGAAGUACCACCCCAGUCAGAUUUCCUUUCGGAAAAGUACUAUAAUUGAAAAUCGGAGCAAAAUAACUGGUAAAAAAAGUUAUUCACAGGUGUGAACAAAUUUAAAAAAUAAACAUCAUAAUAAAACUAAUACAUAAUAUAAUAUAGUUAGAAUUAACAUGCUACCUAUAUUACGUUUGCCAAUCUUAACAUUGCUACAACCGUCCAACACACUCUUGUAUUACAUACCCUAUAAAAACUAUUAUAAUAUUAGGUAUGUAUAACAAUAUAAAUUAACACGGUACCUAUAACUAUUUAAACAUACCUAAUACAUUGCAUAUAAUCAAUGUCAAUUAAUUAAACAUUUAAUUAAUUAAUUAUUAUUGGUGCAGUAUGCAAUUAAAUAGUAUUUACUUUCAAAUUUUAAUAAGUAAAUUAUAAUUACCAUAAUUAUGACACCAUAGUCUAUAAUCCACAUCAUAAAUGUUUAAAAAAUAGGUAUUGAAAUGUUAAAGUAGAAGGUACCUAUACAAGAUGAAUUACUUUGUCAUGAACCACCAAUUUUCUUGGAUGAUGUAAUAUGAAAUUGUGAAAUCGAUUUCUGUUUUAGAUUAAAAGUGGAUCGAAGCCAAUUGACUUUACUAUGUGUUUUAUAUUCUGACCGGAGCGACGAAUGUAUUGGUUUUAUAGUGAUGUUUAUUUUAUUUAUUCUUUUUUAUCUGAGAACAAAUAUUCUACCAGAAAUUUUGAUCCGAUUUUCAAGUGUAAUUUUUUUUCUGAAAGGAAAUCUGACUAGGGUGAUAGGUACCUACUUUGGGAAGAUCAUUUUUUGAUUUUCCCAGAUAAAUGGGAAAAUUUACAAAAUAUAUUAUUUUCAAAUCGUAAAUAUUACGGCCUUUCAAAACACGUUUAACUAAAAUCAUUAGCAAUGAUUAAUCUUUGGCUACAAAUAUACAUUCAAUUUUCUCUCUACUGUCACAACUUCUCACCUACAAAAUUGUGGCCCACCCAUUGUGCGAAAUAUGUCCGUUUGUUUUUAAAUUUUUUAUAUAUUUUUAAAUAUUUUUCUAGAAAUGUUGAUAUACAUUUCACUAAUAUAAAAUUUAAUGUUUAUGAGGUUAUAACUGAUUAUAGUUUAGAUGGGAGGAAUGGCCAAUUUAUCAUUUUAAAAUAUAUAAGCAAUUAAUUACCCUUCCUUAAAUUUUGAUCUGUUAUUAUUCAUAAAUGUUAAAUAUAUAAGUGUUAUGUAUUUCAAAAUUUCUCGAAAAAUAUUCUCUUUUUGAAUUAGCGAUUAAAAGGGGAGGAUCUUUAUUAAAAAUUAUAAUUAAAAUUAAAUAUUUAUAAAUAGAUUAUCAUUUAAAAAAAAAAUUAAAUAUACUUUCUUUGAGAAAAUUGCAGGUUUGUGAUAAAAGAAUCACCAGUAUAAAAAUCAAUAGUAAAUUUUUUUUUGUUCCAAAAUUCAUCAAGC